AUGAAUAAGAAUAAUAUGCCUCCAUCUCAAAAUCCCGUUAAAAACAUUAAUGAUAUUUUAAAUUAUGUAAAUAACUUGCAAGAUCUUACUCGCAAAAAUCGUAAAAAUAAAAUUAAUCAGAUUUCUAGACCACAAAAUUCUUGGGUCUUAUUUAGAAAAGAUUAUGAAGCAAAUAAACGAAAUCAAUUUCCUGAUACAUUAUUUAAGAUGAAGACAGUCUCUAUCAAUGCUGGCGAUGUAUGGAAAAACCAAUCAUCUCAAGUCAAGAGAUAUUUUGAAAUUCUUUUGAAAUUAGCUCUCGCAAAACAUAAAAUUAUGUAUCCAGAUUAUAAAUAUACUCCCAAAAGAAGAUAUAAGUAA